AUCAGUUGUCUGCUUGAUUAACCUUGAAGAUAAGAGCUUUACAAAAAUAUAAAAAGCUCACUGAGCAUGUAUGAAAUAAAAUACAGUCAACUGUGAUAUUAAUUUAUCAGGAGUUACAAGGUGAGAACCCACAGAGCUGGAGGUGAUUUCAGGAGCCACAUCUGCCCUAUAUUUCACCCUUCAGUACAACUCGGUUGGAAUGUUCUGUGAAUUCAGCUCAGUCGAGGCCAGUGUGGUUGGUGAAAGGUGCAGAGGAUGCCACAGCUUCCUGCUCAGCUCCGUUGUUUCUCUGUUUCACAUCUGUGGUGGGAGGUGACACUGCUGCAAAUGUCAGAUUAGCGCAAGUGUGAAUAGUGCUGCGGGCUCAUGAGGGCAUACACUGGCAGCUAUGAAGGUUUCCAUCGGCAAGGUUAUCCUCGGAGUGUUCGGGCUGGCGGUGGUCGUCAUCCUGAUCGCGGUGCCCACGGCUAUACACUUGAAAGAGAAGCAGGAGGGGAACAAGAACUCGAGAUCUUUCACCCUGGAGGAUGUCUUCAACAGUUCACUGAAACCAAAGUCCUUCAGCAUGAGGUGGAUCUCAGAUCAUGAGUAUCUGAAUAAAUCCCAGGGCUCAGUCUUCCUCCAGAAUGUGGUCACAGGAGAGUCCACAGAGCUCUUGAACAGAGACAAGUUCAUUGAAAACAGCGCUUAUGAUUACCAGCUGUCCGCUGACCGCAAAUAUGCUGCGUUCAUGAGCAAACGUUCCAAGCUUUGGCGGCAUUCAUUUACAGCUACAUAUUCACUCUUUGACCUGGAAUCAAACACAUUUAUCACGCCCUCUGACAUUCCUGAAGAAAUCCAGUACUUUGCCUGGGCUCCUGAAGGAAAUAAACUGGCUUAUGUCUGGGGAAAUAAUGUGUACAUAAAGACCAGCCCCAAGUGGCCCCCGAAGGCAGUCACUGACAACGGCGAGCAUAAUCUGAUUUUGAACGGGAUCCCAGACUGGGUGUAUGAAGAGGAAAUGUUCUCAUCCAAUCAGGGCCUCUGGUGGUCACCUGGAGGGAAGUACGUGGCUUACGUUGAGACCAACGACACAGACGUCCACACCAUAGAGUACUCCUGGUAUGGCGAGAACCAGUACCCCAGCACUGUCACCAUUCCAUAUCCAAAGCCCGGUACUCCCAACCCUACUGUGAAACUGUUCGUUGUGGACACGGAAAACACAACAAAAAUUACAGAAGUGGUUGUUCCAGAAACCUUCGGCUCGAGUGAGCACUACUUGGCAACUGUAACUUGGGUAACGGAUGAACGUAUUGCCGUCCAAUGGCUGAAGAGAGUACAAAAUCACCUCAUCCUUCAGAUCUAUAAUUUUACUGGAGUCAGCUGGGCCCAUGUUGAGCACCUGGAGGUUAGGAGUGCCACGGGUUGGAUUGGACGGUUCUCUCCACCAGAACCAGUUUUUGAUGCAGACAAGAACAGCUAUUACCUGUUGAUGAGCAAUGUUCAAGGGUACAAGCACAUCCAUCAUGUGGUUGGGGGCACAGCUACAGCAAUCACCUCUGGAGAAUGGGAAGUCAUUGACAUUCUGAAAGUAACUGCAGAUAGUGUAUACUAUUCAAGUAAUGAAGAGGGCAAAAAGCCGGGUGGAAGGAAUGUUUACAAGUGGACCGAACAAGGGCCCAAGUGUCUGACUUGUGGGUUACGCGGAGAAGACUGUCUGUAUAACUCAGCCUACUUCAGCCACAAUGCCUCCUUCUACCGUAUGAGCUGCAGUGGUCCUGGCAUUCCUUACCAUUCUCUGAUGAAUAACAGGUUGGAUGAAGAGCACGAUGUUUUGGAGGACAAUAAAGCAUUUGGCAGCCUGAUAUCGGACAUCCAAAUGCCCACUAUGGAUCGCCAAUACAUCACAAUCGAUGGAUACAAUCUCUGGUACCAGAUGUUUUUGCCUCCAGGCUUUGAUAAAUCCAAGAAGUACCCUUUACUAAUAGAUGUGUAUGCUGGUCCCUGCAGUCAGAAAGCAGACUAUGUCUACAGGGUGAGCUGGUCCACCUACCUGGCCAGCACUGAGAAAGUCAUCGUCGCCAGCUUUGACGGAAGAGGAAGCGGUUACCAAGGCGACAAGUUAAUGCACGCAAUCUACAAAGGUCUGGGAACCUAUGAGGUGGAAGAUCAGAUAACGGCAGCCAGGGAAUUCAUCAAAAUGGGCUUCAUUGACAAAGAAAGAGUUGCUAUUUGGGGCUGGUCUUAUGGUGGAUACGUGACCUCAAUGGCCUUGGGAUCCGGAAGUGGAGUUUUCAAAUGUGGAAUGGCGGUCGCUCCAGUGUCCAAAUGGGUAUAUUAUGAUUCCAUCUACACAGAGCGCUACAUGAUGGAGCCCAUAGAGAACUAUCUUGGCUACACUAAUUCCACAGUAACUGCCAGGGCCAAGAAUUUCCAUUCAGUGCAGUAUCUUCUGGUUCAUGGAACAGCUGACGACAAUGUUCAUUUCCAGCAGGCAGCCGAGAUCUCUGAAGCUCUGGUGGACGAGCAGGUGGACUUUGAGGCAAUGUGGUACACGGACAAGGAUCAUGGGCUCGGCGGCUCGGCCUAUCAACACGUCUACACACACAUGAGUCACUUCCUACAGAGGUGCUUUGCAUGAAGUCCACUGGGUCUCUUAAACUCAUGUGGAUAAAAAUGUUUACUUUAAUUGUAAAUGCGGGCUUGAAUAUAAGUGUUUUAAAUAUAAGAAAAGUACAAAAUUGUCCAUGUCAUAACAUCAUAAUGUGUCUUUGAAAUAUUGUCUUGCAUACAUUCAGUCAGAAAAAAAAUUAUUCUCUGGAAAUUAUAAGCAUGUAACACAUACAUGAAAAUGUGAUUUAUUUUUUCAUUUUGUUACAUUAAUUUAAGUUUUUUAAGAGGCUGCUACUUGACUUGGGGAACAACAUAGACAUGAUAAUAUGAAAGUGUACUUGUACUACUGUACUUGGACGUGAAGCGUUUGUACAGUAGGCCUAUUGUAUGAAGUUAUACAGAGAAACCUACUGCACCACACUUUUAUACAGUUUUACCAAACGUAUGUGAUUGUCUAAUUGUUUUGUAAAAUAAUAAAUAAUUAAAUAAUGAGAACUCUUUUUGUGUGAAAUAUCACAUUCUUUAUUCAGUUAAAGGGAAAACCAGCAUAAAAAUGUUAGCUUUUAUUGUUUUAGUUGAGUCUAUGGCCGUUUCUCAAUACCAAGUACGGUCAAGUAUGGACUUGCAAACUUGCAAGUUCAUACUUGGAUAGUUCGACUCGGGAGUACAAACUCCCGAGGACGGGAGGACGCAGUACGGUCAUUUUGCAAUUGGAACAGCAGCGAACUUGAUGA